GCCCAACAUGAGCGCACAUCACCAUCAUCACAUCUGAUUCAGGUGAGAGAGAAAGAAGCGACAUGAGUCUGAGCUCCAAAGACAAGGCUGCCGUCAAGGCCCUGUGGGCCAAACUGUCCAAGUCAGCCGAUGACAUUGGGGCCGACGCACUGGGGAGGAUGUUCCAAGUCUAUCCCUCAACCAAGACUUACUUUUCCCACUGGAACGAUCUGAGCAUCGGCUCCGGCCCCGUGAAGAAGCACGGAAAGACCGUGAUGGGCGGCGUCGGCCUGGCUGUGGCAAACAUUGACGACCUCGUUAAGGGCCUGUUUGAGCUCAGUGAGAAGCACGCCUUUGAGCUGAGAGUCGACCCCGCCAACUUCAGGAUCCUGACCCACUGCCUGCUGGUGGUCGUUGCCUCCAAGUUCCCUGCUGAUUUCACCCCUGAGGCCCAUGUUGCUUUUGACAAAUUCCUCGCCGCCGUAAGCCUGGCACUUUCUGAGAAGUACCGCUAAACAAGCCGGAGUUCCGCAAUGAGGAAUGCACAUUACACCUAAUUUACGGUGUUAAAUGAAAGAAUAAAUUGCAUCCCUGAAAAACUUUC